CUCACAUAAAAGCAGAGCUGCAUUGUGGAUGGUGGAAGACUGUCACUCACUACAACUGUGACUGUGUGCCUGAACUACACCUUUAUCAUUCAGAAUUGGGACUUUAUUUUUUUGUUCUAGCACUAAUUGCUCUACAGAUAUGAGGCUGACUCCAUGAGGAAUCUACAAAUCCCUGAAGAGGUUUACCACUGAGUGCUUUGAAGACACCUGGAUUAAAAGUUUUAAUCUGUUGUUUGCCAUUUUCACAACCAAGACAUGGUGCUCUGGAUUAUCUUUCCCAUCUCCCUCUCCCUGGUGUCCUUCGUCGGGACAUGGAGUGUAUAUGGCCUGGCCUUUGCCAACAAACAUGUGUGCUCUCUUAGUGACUGGGGCAAUGGCAACUACUGCACAGGGAAUCAGACUACUGGAUGUUGUUCAGCUCCCACUAUAAGUUCAAGCGGAAAAAGCGCACCAGAAAAUUCACUAUUUACAGCCACGAUCAACGCUGGAGCCUUUCUGUUUCUGCUUUUCUGUUUUUUCCACCAUGCCCACAUUAUGGAGAAACACUCAUGUCAUUCUAUGAUGAGCAAGGUUGCACUGGUGUUUGGUGUGGUGGCAGCACUGGGGGCAUUUGCAGCAGGAAACUGUAAUCCAGGUUACCUUGCACUCCUUCACUACCUUGGAGCUGCCAUCAGUUUCACCUGCAUCUGCUUCUACACUGUCCUGCUCACUUCGCUAACUGGCAGGUGCGUGCUGACUGGAUAUGAGAAGGUUCUCUACCCAUUACGCAUCACCUCCACUGUAGUUCAAACCAUCGUCACACUCUGCUAUAUGGUUUUAUUUGCCCAGGACGAGUACUUUUACGUUCACUUGUCAGCCGUAUUUGAGUGGAUGCUCAGCUGUAACCUGGAGCUGUUUGAGCUCAGCUUCGCCGUAGAGUUUUGCUUCUUCUCAUCCUUUAUGCUCUCAAAUCUGUUGAGCAAACGAGAGGAAGAGAAGCCUUUGAUGAUGACGAUGUCCUGAUAUGAGGCGGCCAGGGUCCAGCGGAAGCACACGAGCAGUGAGGAUGGACUGAGUAACACAUCUGGAAAGACAUCUGUGGCUGGACCGUGGCCUGAGGACAACUAAUUUUUCCAGCACUCUGCUGAGAUGGAUUUAUAUCCAUUUAUGGAUAACAACUUUUUUCCACCCUUUUAAUAAUAUUGCCUAAAACUGAAUGAUUUUUUUCACUGGGCAUUUCUGUUCCUUAUUCAGUGCUGCAUUUCCUAUUCCUUAUUUAUUCAAACAAACUAGCUUGUAAAGCAAUGAACAAAACAUAUCAGUCAUCUGCCAACAGAACAAUGAACCUGAUGUGUCCUACUCUGAAACACCAUAUUUAUGUUAAUCAGUGUUUUUGUGCAAUUACUUUUCAUCGGAUGUUGAUAUAAUAAAUAAUGAAGAAUUCCUCAUUAGAUAAACUGGUAACGACCAAAAGUCAUGGAAACACUGUAUCACUGAUGUUAACUGCACAUUAUGGUACAGCUGUAUGCACAUUCAUUACAGCUUUGGCACUUUAAUAAAAGAAUGACUACUGCACACAAA